AUGUCUCGGCCGCAAGGUUACCAUUUGGCGCUGAGCUCGUACACCUACGCCAAGCUCCAACAGCAGCUUCGUGAACAAGGUCACCACCAUCCGGAUCUGGAACCGAAUCAGUACCAGAACCAGGCGCAACAACCCCCUUCGCAUAUCCUGGUGCAGCACCGCAUAAGCAGCUCCGGCGUGCGAAGACCUUGCUCGUCUCUCGGCGAUCUUUUCACUGGCAGUUGCAGCCUCCCUCCGCGCCGUGUUCUGGAAGAGACAUCAUUACCACGCUCCACCGGUUCAAAGAUCCCCACACCCAGCUCUGCGUUGAUAACCCCGCCAGUGUCCAACCCGGAUCUCACGAAAGAAGCAACACUCAUCGACCCGCACCACCAGCUCCCUUCGCCGCCGUCGACUUUGAAUAGGAACUUUUCCGCUUUGGGGCUCAAAACCGAGUCAUCUUCAAGGACUGUCGCUAUCGUCAACGCAAGUACACCCAAGGUCCUAACUACCGACGCCGACGACAUUCCCGCAACCGCAGCGACACUCCACGUCAUCGUCCCAACCGUGUCAUCGAUGCUCAGCUCCUGCGUCUUCACCGCCGUCGCGCAACUCGCCUCUGCAUCCUCCCCAACACAACCAUCCUCAGCAUCAACAUCCACCUUACCUACCAAAAUGCACAUCCACGGCGCCGCAACACCGCCCCUCCACACCCAAUCCCUCACCUCCCUCGCCUCCUCCUCAACAUCAACCCCCUCUUCAGCGGUCAACACCCCGCCGCUGCGCGCAAAACGCCACUCGUCAGUGAGCGCGCAGCUGGCCACGCCGCCCCCGCAUCUGUGGUGGCCGUUCCUCCCGCCGAACACGGUGGUUGCGAGCGUGGAUUACUUUGAUUUCCUGGUCCCGCCCAGUGUGUUGGCGAGGAGCGCGUCGGCGGGGGUCGAGACGGGGGUGUUGGAGUUGGAUGUAUAA